CCCGGGGCCGAGCCGGAGCCUCCGCGGCGGCGCGCACAGCCGAGGAGAGCGGUUCGCCUGGUAGCGGCGGCCAUCGAGACCCACCCGAGGCGCGACCCCCGGCCUCCCGGCCUCCAGCCGCCGCGCCCGCGCCCCUUCCUCCCUCUCUCGCCGCCGCCCUCGUCCCCGCGCCGGCUGCGCCAUGGCGUUGGCGGCUCUGGCUGCGGUGGAGCCGACCUGCGCCGUCGAGUACCAGCAGUUGCAGAAUGUGGAAGAGCCUGCACAGCUGGAACAGGCUGCAUGUGAUGCUCCUCCUCCUUACAGCAGCAUCUCCCCAGAGAGUGCAGUAGUGUAUUUUGACUACAAAGACGAGUCUGGGUAUCCAAAGCCCCCAUCUUACAAUGUGGCUACCACACUGCCCAGCUAUGAUGAAGCCGAGAGAACCAAAGCUGAAGCUACUGUUCCUUUGGUUCCUGGAAGAGAUGAGGAUUUUGUGGGUCGGGAUGAUUUUGAUGACGCUGACCAGCUGAGGAUAGGAAACGAUGGGAUUUUCAUGUUAACUUUUUUCAUGGCAUUCCUCUUUAACUGGAUUGGGUUUUUCCUGUCUUUUUGCCUGACCACUUCAGCGGCAGGAAGGUAUGGGGCCAUUUCAGGAUUUGGUCUCUCCCUAAUUAAGUGGAUCUUGAUUGUCAGGUUUUCCACUUAUUUCCCUGGAUACUUUGAUGGUCAGUAUUGGCUCUGGUGGGUGUUCCUGGUUUUAGGCUUCCUCCUGUUUCUCAGAGGAUUUAUCAAUUAUGCAAAGGUUCGGCAGAUGCCAGAAACUUUCUCAAAUCUCCCCAGGACCAGAGUUCUCUUUAUUUAUUAAAGAUGUUUUCUGGCAAAGGCCUUCCUGCGUUUAUGAAUUCUCUCUCAAGAAGCAAGAGAACACCUGCAGGAAGUGAAUCAAGAUGCAGAACACAGGAAUAAUCACCUUCUUCAACAAAAUAAAGUACUGUUGAAAAAGAUCAUGUCUCACUAUUUGUUCCUAGAUGUUAAAUUUUAGUAGUUAAUGCAGAAUUCUGUAAUCAUGGAAUCAUUAGUGGUUAAUGUUUGAAAAAGCUCUCGCAAUCAAGUCUGUGAUGUAUUAAUAAUGCCUUAUCUAUGGUUUGUAGUCAUUUUAAAUAGCAUGAGCCUUGUCCCUGUAGUCACUAGGGGGCAAUCUUGCUUUAUUCAUCUUCCAUCUCAAAAUGACUUUGGCAUAAAAUACUUUAGUGUAAGAUAAUGUGUAAUGCUGGCCAUUUUAAAGGGGUUUUCUCAAAAGUUAAAAAUUCCUUAUGACUGCAUUCAUUUCUGCACAUAAUCAUAUUUACUGUGAAAAUUAAUCUAGAAAUUGAUGCAAUUGUAUUGUGAACACCUGAAAACAAAACCAUAGUGCAAAUACAUUUGAGGUUUGGUCAAGAAUAUGUUCUUAAUUGGAAAAUAAUAAGCAUUAAUUUUUUUUAUAGUUUGUAUUCUAAAUUUUGCAGUACCUGUUGUUCUUUAUUGUGUGCCUAAGGGAUUGUAAAUGUGUUGUUACUGUAUAAAAUAGAAAGGACAGGAACAAAUACAGUUUAAUAAAAUGCAAUUCUGGACACUUUCUGUAUGAUUAACAUCUCCUAUCCCUUCUUUUUCUUUUUCUCUUAUCUCCUAAUGAUGAUUAGGCCAAGGGCUGGGAGUAGGGAGGGGAUUAAUUACUAGGAGCAAAGAAUUUGCUUGGAACUUUUGAGAUGAUCCUUAACAUACUGUAUGUACUACUUGCUUUUACAAUGUGUUAGCAGAAACUGAUGUGCUAUAAAUGUAGAAUGAUGUGCUUUCUGCCAAGUGAUUAUUCACCUUGGUUUGCUAUGUUAAGACUGUAAAUACAACAGAACAUUAAUAAAUGUCUCUUGUGUAGCAAA